UCUCGCUCGGCACUGUUGUGCCCGAACCGUCGUCGAGGCAACACCGCGUUGCUCUCGGCAUCGAACCAACGCGGCGCGCCGUGCAGUGUUGUGAACCGGAAAUGUUGAAGUGAUACACAAUUAGUUAUAAUGGCAUUAAAAAAAGAUCUCGAAUUGAAUGUGAACAUUUUCAAAAGCAUCAAGUUACCCAAAACAACGAAAAUCCAACAGGCUAUAGACAAACUGUUCAAAAAGAAUACCUACACCAAAAUAGUGCAAAGUUAACUCACACUAUUCAGUUUUAGAACGUAUUAAGUAGAUAAAUGGCUGGUGAAGUUAACACAAAUAGUAGAAGUAGUGAUAUUAGUAAACCUGAACCGCCGGAUCGUAACAAAUCGCCUAAUUUCAUAACUGAUGAGACAGAGUUUGUUGGGAAGGGGAAUAUACGGUCGUCUACACCAAUAAGUAAACAUAGGAGGAGCAGGUCUCGCAGUGGGACUAGGAUAACAGCUAAGGCUUUGAGUUUAUCGGACGAAGGAUUCUACCAGGACUUGGAGGAGUACGUGAUGGAAAUGGCGAGUUCAAGGGAAGGUGGUAUGGACGGCGGGAUUGAGCCCGACGUCUGGAGUCAGCUGCAGCAGAAGGAAUCUGACCUUUUGCUGGCCGCUGAGCUGGGGAAAGCGCUUUUGGAGAAGAACGAAGAACUGAAAAAGGAACAGGAGCGAGUCGUCGAGGAAUACUCCAAAAAACUUGAGGAGUUGGAGCAAGAGAAACACCUGCUGAGGAGACGACUGGACACAGAACAAGGAGAAUAUGAGGCGCGGCUACUGGAACUGCAGAACGACAUCAGAGAACUCACUGCCAAGAUCGACUCACGGGACACAUCGGUUAAACAGCGCGAUGAAGAAAAAGCCAGUCUGAUAGCAGAACUCACAGCACAGAACUCGCGGCUCACAGCACAGCUGAAGGAGUCGUCGGCCACAGAAGCACAGCUCAUGGCGCAGCUGGAAGGCCUCAAGGACCAGUGUUCGAUGAGGAAGACCAGUCUCCAGGACCACGUGCAAAGCCUGGAGUCCCUCAAAGCAGAAUUAGCGCUGGUUAGCGACAAGCGUGCAGAACUGGAAAGGAGGCUCACGACCUCCCUCCAUGACAAGGACAACCUCAUGCAGCAGCUGGACGAAGCCAAUGAUAGGAUCACGGCGCUGGAGAGGCAGCUGAAGGAACAGGAACACCUUUACCACAACACACUCAAAGAACUGGAGCGUCUACAACGGUCCCACGACACAUUGGCCGAGAGGAUCGGGGCACCGGACCCUAUAGAGACCACGGACGCCGCCCGGUCUCUUCACGCUGAGAUGGAGACCGAGCCAGAAGACCAGGAUGACGGCUGGCUCAGGAGCGAGGCGGUGCAAGUGUACAAACAGCUGAGGGCGUUGGCUCUACAGCUGAAUACGGGACAUGAUGAUGAUUCAGAAGAAUUUAAAGAGCUGGAAGGACAGGAGAGGCCAGUGUUCAGCAUUGGAUAUCCUGUAGCUGAAAUCAUGAUGAUGAUGUAA